AUGUAUCUGAAGAAGCCGAUCUGGAGCGAUGGCCCGUCAGCGACGCCGGAGAAUCCGUCGGGAUCGGAGAACGGUGAGGAGACCGACGCGGCGACGAUGGUAGUUGAAGAGCUGGUGACAUCACUCAACACACAGAGACUCUACAGGGAGCUAACGCUAUCCCUCCGAACAGGCUUACGCGACGCUUGCGCUGAAUUCUCCUUCCUCCGCAUCCGCGGCCUUCGAUCUCUUCUCAAAACUCUCCGAUCUAUCGCCGAAUCAGACUCCAUCAUCCGCCUCUUCUCCCACACCCAAACCGUCUCCGAUCUCCAACUGGUUCCGGUGCUUUUUCGGCAUUCGUUGAAAGAAGGGGAGGAUGAUAGAGUGACGAGCUUGGAUCACAUAUUCAGCGUGGAGCCGAUGAAGAUAACGAGUCCUUCUACGGAUGAUGAGGUCGCGGUUGCUCUUAGGGUUCUCGAAGGGUGCUGCCUUCUCCAUCCUCAGAGCACUGUUCUCGCUCAUAAACACGGCGCAGUCCGCGUAAUGAUGAAUAUAUUAUCAACACGAGGAGUACUUGAGCAAGGUGCCUGCUUAGAUGCCUUAAUCUCAAUAUUGCUGGAUUCUUCAGCAAACCAGGUGGAUUUUGGAGCCUGCAAUGGGAUUGAGGAGGUUGCAAUGCUCAUGCGAGACAAACAAGCUGAUGAAAAUCUCAGGUUAAGAUGCGGAGAGUUCUUACUACUGUUAGUUGGACAUGUGAAUGGGAAGGAUCGAUCGCCCAUUGCGAGUGUAAAUGAAGACAUUAGGCGCCUUUUGGGUGAAAAAUCCGCUUCUUUGAUAUGGGCAGCGAGUCAAUUCGGUUCAACAGGUGACCCUGAGCAAAGAAUCACUGCCCUUCACAUCCAGGCUGGUAGAGUGCUCGAGUCCCUUGACUUGUACUAAUUGUCAAACUCCGUCUGUUGAUUCUUUUUUUCCCUCUUUAAAUGUGUGUAAAAAACUAUCCAAACUCUUCAAUAUCAUUUACCAUUAUUCUUCUAAGCUUGGAGGAACUUUUGUAUUAGCCUCUCAUAUCAUAUUUCUGUACAUUAAAUCAUUAUCAAAAUCUCAACGUACUGAUGUCA